AUGGACGCCCUCCAGGUCAACUCGAGAGCGAUUCACGAUGAUGCCGAGCCCGAGCCCGAGCCCGAGAUGAACAGCUUUGGCUCGUCGUCAGACGAGAAAGAGUCGGUUGGCGUUCCUGAAAAGACUGUCACCGCGGCAGAGCAUCCUCAGCAGCACUCCAGCCAAGAUCUAGAACGACAACAGACGAUGAGAUCGACGGCAUCGUACCAAGAGACCUAUCCCGAGGGCGGACUCCAGGCAUGGCUCGUCGUGGCGGGCUCCUGGUUCGCAAUGAUCGCCUCCAUGGGCCUGAUGAAUAGCAUCGCCGUCUUCCAGGCCUACACGCUCAGUCACCAGCUCAAGGACUAUAGCGAGGGCACCGUCGGCUGGAUCUUCUCCAUCUACACCUGGCUGGCCUUUUUCGGUGGCGUCUAUAUCGGCCCCGUCUUUGACAAGUACGGUCCAAGAUGGUUAGUCGUCGCUGGAUGCGUGUGUACCGUUGGCGCCCUGGUUGGCAUGAGCUUUUGUACAGAGCUGUAUCAGUUCAUCCUGUCCUUUGGCAUUCUCGGCGGCCUGGGCACCUCGCUCACCUUCACCCCAUGCAUCGCCGCAGUGGGUCACUGGUUCAAGGCCAGACGAGGCUUCGCCACUGGUCUUGCGUCGACGGCGGGAGGAAUUGGAGGCAUAGUCUUCCCCCUCAUGCUCACCGCCUUGUUCGACCGCAUCGGCUACGGCUGGGCCACUCGAGUGCUCGCCUUGAUCUGCCUCGUGUGCGGGCUCAUCGGCAUCAGUCUCGUUCGAUCCCGUCUCCCCCCGGCCCAGAACGCAAAGGCCCAUCCCGACUUUCGCAUCUUCAAGCAGAUCCCCUUCCUCCUGACGACCCUGGCCAUCUUCCUGUUGGAGUUCUCGCUCUUCAUCCCCUUGACCUACAUCGCCACCUACGCUCAGGACCGGGGCUUUGACACCGCGUUCGCCUACCACCUCCUGCCAAUCAUGAACGCCGGGUCCGUCAUUGGCCGAGCACUCCCAGGAUACUAUGCCGACGUCGUUGGAGCCUUCAACGUGUGCCUCUUCUCCGUGGCGCUCUCUCUGGUGUCUUGCCUGUGUGUUUGGCUGCCUCUGGGCCACACAAAGGCCGGCAUCAUCGUCUUCUCCUUGCUCUUUGGCUUCGGGAGCGGCAAUAGCAUUGCCAUUGCGCCAGUGUGCAUCGGCCGCAUGUGUAAGACGCAGGAAUACGGCCGAUACUAUGCCACCACGUACACGGUCGUGUCGUUUGCGUGCCUCAUCGGCAUCCCCAUUGCCGGCAGCAUCGUUCAAGCCGACGGCGGCUCCUACACGGGCCUCAUCAUCUUCACCAGCUGCAUCUACGUUGGAUCAGCCUUCUUUCUCGUUCUCGCCAAGACGUGGCAGCUUGGUUGGAGAAACUGGCGUGCCAGGUAUUGA